AUGGCAAAGCUUAUUCUGCUCACAGGUCUGGCUCUUCUGCUGAAUGCUCAGUUGGGCUCUGCCUACCAGCUGACAUGCUACUUCACCAACUGGGCCCAGUACCGGCCAGGCCUGGGGCGCUUCGAGCCUGACAACAUCGACCCCUGCCUCUGCACUCACCUGAUCUAUGCCUUUGCUGGAAUGAAGAACAAUGAGAUCACCACCAUCGAAUGGGAUGACGUGACUCUCUACCAAGCUUUCAAUGGCCAGAAAAACAAGAACAGCCAGCUGAAAACUCUCUUGGCCAUUGGAGGCUGGAACUUUGGCACUGCCCCUGUCACUGCCAUGGUUUCCACUCCUGAGAACCACCAGACUUUCAUUGCCUCGGUCAUCAAAUUCCUGCGCCAGUACGAGUUUGACGGGCUGGACUUUGACUGGGAAUACCCUGGCUCCCGUGGGAGCCCGUCUCAGGACAAACAUCUCUUCACUGUCCUGGUGCAGGAAAUGCGUGAAGCUUUUGAGCAAGAGGCCAAGCAGAUCAACAAGCCCAGGCUGAUGGUCACUGCUGCGGUAGCUGCUGGCAUCUCCAAUAUCCAGUCUGGCUAUGAGAUUCCCCAGUUGUCCCAGUACUUGGACUACAUCCAUGUCAUGACCUAUGACCUCCAUGUCUCCUUGGAGGGCUACAUGGGAGAGAACAGCCCCCUCUACAAAUACCCAACUGACACUGGCAGCAAUGCCUACCUAGAUGUGGCUUAUGUCAUGGACUACUGGAAGGACAAUGGGGCCCCAGCCGAGAAGCUCAUAUUCCCUGCCUAUGGACACACUUUCACCCUGAGCAACCCCUCCAACCAUGGAAUUGAUGCCCCUACCUCUGGCACUGGUCCUGCUGGGCCCUACACCAGGCAGUCUGGGUUCUUGGCCUACUAUGAGAUCUGCACCUUCCUACAAAAUGGAGCCACUCAGGUGUGGGAUGCCCCUCAGGAUGUGCCCUGUGCCUAUCAGGGCACUGAGUGGGUUGGCUAUGACAAUGUCAAGAGCUUUGAUAUCAAGGCUCAGUGGCUCAAGCAGAACAACUUUGGAGGUGCCAUGGUCUGGGCCCUUGACCUGGAUGACUUCAGCACUUUCUGCAACCAGGGCAAGUUCCCCCUGAUCUCCACCCUGAGGAAUGCCCUCACCUGCAGAAUACAAGUGAGUUGCACGGCCCCUGCUCAGCCCAUCGAGCCAAUAACUGCUGCUCCCAGUAGUGGCAGUGGGAGUGGCAGUGGGAGUAGCAGUGGCAGCAGCGGGGGCAGUGGAUUCUGUGCUGGCAAAGCCAAUGGCCUCUGCCCUGUGGCAAACAACAGAAAUGCCUUAUGGCACUGCCAGAAUGGAGUCACGUACCAGCAGAACUGCCAGGCCGGGCUUGUCUUCGACUCCAGCUGUGACUGCUGCAACUGGGCAUAA